AUGUCAUAUAAUUUAGCAAACAAAAUUGCAAUAGUUACUGGUGGACUCACCGGAAUUGGUUUAGCCACCACCAUAAAACUACUUAAACAAGGUUCAAAAGUUAUUGUAGGUGAUUUUUUACAUGAACAUGAAAUUGAUACUGUUUUAAAUCAUAUUCAUAAACAAGUUCCUGAAAAUAAUCGAAACAUUAAAUUUUUAAGAAUAAAUAUUGCUAAUUAUCAAGAUAAUGUCAAUUUAGUUGAUUUUGCCUUGGAUGAAUAUCUGGAUUUGCAUUAUGUUGUAACAAAUACAGCCAUUACUACCACCACCGCCAUUGCCAGUAAUAAAACCGAAACAAUCGAUCAAUUCAAAGACGUGAUCGAUACUAAUUUGAACGGGGUUUUCGCUUUAAACAAAUUAGCUAUUAAUUAUUGGGAAGAAUUUCAUAAACCAGGGAGUAUUGUCAAUGUUAGCAAUAUAUUGGGAUUAACCACCACUAAGGGGUUAACAAGUUAUCGUGUUUGCCAAGGUGGAGUUCAAUCAUUAACACAAUCUUUAGCUUUACCAUAUGCUAAUAAAGAUAUAAGACUCAAUUCAGUGAUUCCAGGUUAUGUUGAAAUAUCCCCUAUGUUGGGUCAAAUUAAUCAACAUAUUGCAACUACAGCCAUAAAGCAACAUCCAAUGGCUAGAUUGGGGAACCCUGAUGAAAUUGCAAAUGCUAUUGCUUUCUUGUUAUCAGAUGAAGCGUCGUUCGUUAAUGGUACAUCGUUGGUGGUUGAUGGAGGAUAUUCUGCCCAAAUGGGAAAUUAA